AUGGAGGAGCAUUCUUCACCAUGCGUCUGCUCAGGUAUCCGCUUCUGCGCUAAGUGUCGUGAUACAUUAAGGGUGCAGCAACUCUUUAGUGGAUCUGUAUUUCUCUCGAGCGCAAGCUCUGUUAUUGAAAAACAGUGGCAUAAUGACCGCCUUUCUUCGUGCUCUUUUGCUAUCAUCGGGAAAAGCACUCUUAGCUAUUGUAUUGAAUGCAUGACGAUAUUCAAAUCUGAAGCACCGAUAAAGUCAUGUGUGGAUCACCAAGGAGCCAUGUCUACCAGCAUUGUUAUCAGUGGCCUUGUUGUCUUUCAAGAUGUGCUUACUGAGGAGGAAGAGACAGCACUGAUUUACUACCUGGAUAAUUCACAUCCCUUUCCUCCCUGGAAGGAGUCGCAAAGCGGACGGCGCAAGCAGGACUACGGACCGAAGCGUAACUUUAAAAAAAAGAAGGUUAGACCUGCCGAAAUACCAGCGAUGCCGCUUGCGCUCGAGCCAGUCUGUGCUACCAUCUCAUCAACGACGGAAAACUUCACCGGCAGGGCAUACAGAAUUGCGGAGGUAUCCGCCCUGGAGUAUGUGGAGGGGAAGAUGAGCAACUUCGAUCCCCACAUAGAUGACACGUGGCUGUGGGGAGACCGUAUUGCUGGCUUGAACCUGAACGAGCCAUGUGUAGUGACGUUUGUGGAACCGGAUGGUGUGUGCUGUGAUGUCUACUUGCCGCGCCGCUCGUUUUUCCUUAUGUCUGGCAACUGUCGCUACAAGUGGAUGCAUGGUAUCCGGCCUGAACACGUUCGGGGGCGACGAAUUUCUCUGACGUUCCGAGAGUUGUCCGAUGAAAUACUCGCUGACGCAGAAACUUCGGAAGUGGUGCUUUCUGCUGCUUCGACUUUUGUGUAA